AUGGCUUCCACCAAUUUCCCAAUUCCUUCAUCCCCAAUUUUUUCUGGUGAGAAUUAUCCAAUUUGGACUGUCAAGAUGAGAACAUACUUGCGUGCAUAUGAUCUGUGCGAAGUGUUAGAGGUUGGAGCAGAGGUAAAUCCUUUGCCAAAUAAUCCAACUAUAGGGCAAAUUAAGAAUCACAGAGAAGAGGUUUCAAAAAACUUUAAAGCUCUCUCUUGCAUACAAUUAGAACUUUCAGAAGUAAUUUUCGCUAGAGUUAUGGUGAGUGAGACUGUAAAGGAAGCUUGGGACAAGUUGAAAGAAGAAUUUUACGGAAAUGACAAGAUUAGAAUGAAGGAUUCAGAAACUAUUGAAGAAUUCUCCAACAAGUUGAUAAAGGUUGUAAACCAAAUCAGACUUAUGAGAGAAGAGCUUACAGAUUCAAGAAUCGUGGAAAAGGUUCUUGUGAGUUUGCCAGAAUUAUUUGAAGCAAAGAUAUCCUCACUUGAAGAUUCGAAGGAUCUCACAAAACUGUCACCUUCAGAACUUGUACAUGCUCUUCAAGCUCAAGAGCAAAGAAGAUCCUUGAGGCUAGAAGAAGCUACUGAAAUUGCUCUUCAAGCCAAGUUCAAAGGGAAGAGGCAAAUAGUGAAGAAGAAGAAGAACAACCAACAAACUCAAAAAGCCAACAUUUCGAAAGUUGAAGAACAGGAGGAGUUUGUGUUUACGAUGAUGGAAGUAACAAGAUUGAACGAUGAAAAUACAUGGUUUCUGGAUAGUGGUUGCACUCAACACAUGACCAGCAAACAAGAAUAUUUUACAAAGUUGGAAUCUGCCAAAGGUAGUGUCAAGUUGGCCGAUAAAACUAAGUUGGAGAUUGUUGGUAACGAAACUGUGGCAAUUGAAACUCCCAAAGCGGCCAAGAAGUGA